GUGACGUCGGUUUAUGGGAGGUGAAUAUUUGUGCGAAGUUUAUGAUUUAAAACAUUUUUAAAGAUAUUACAAGUGUCAAGAUUCAUUUCAUAUAACCAUGGCUGAUAACGAACAGAAGGCAAUGCAAUUAUUAGUGGAGGCUGAAAAAAAGUUAACAUCUUCAAAGGGCUUCUUCGGUUCGCUAUUUGGAGGAUCAUCAAAGUUUGAAGAAGCUGUAGAAUGUUAUCAACGUGCUGCAAAUAUGUUCAAGAUGGCAAAGAAUUGGAGUUCUGCAGGAAGUGCAUUUUAUGAAGCAGCAGAGUUACAUGCUAAAGCAGGCAAUCGUCAUGAUGCAGCUACUAAUUAUGUAGAUGCUGCUAAUUGUUUUAAAAAAUCUAAUAUAAAUGAGGCAAUUAGUUGUCUAUUAAAGGCAAUUGAAAUUUACACUGAUAUGGGUCGAUUCACAAUGGCAGCCAAACAUCAUCAAAGUAUAGCUGAGAUGUAUGAAAGUGAAGCUGUAGAUCUUGAGAGAGCAGUUCACCAUUAUGAGCAAGCUGCUGAUUAUUUUCGUGGAGAAGAGAGCAAUUCCUCUGCAAAUAAAUGUCUUUUGAAAGUUGCACAAUAUGCUGCACAACUUGAAAAUUAUGAAAAAGCUAUUCAAAUUUAUGAACAGGUUGCAUCUGCAUCUUUAGAAAGUUCUUUGUUGAAAUAUAGUGCAAAAGAAUAUUUUUUCCGAGCAGCGCUAUGUCAUUUAUGCGUUGAUGUAUUAAAUGCUCAACAUGCAAUUGAACGUUAUCAAGAACAAUAUCCUGCAUUCCAAGAUUCUAGAGAGUACAAAUUGAUAAAGACAUUAAUAGAACAUAUCGAGGAACAACAACUCGAAGGUUUUACAGAAGCAGUAAAGGAAUAUGAUUCAAUUUCACGAUUGGAUCAGUGGUACACAACAGUAUUAUUACGUAUUAAAAAGCAAGUUGACGAUAAUCCAGAUCUGCGCUGAUCGGUUGUUCCUAUUUUGUGCUAUUUCUUAUCGAUGAUAUUAUUAAUCCAAUUCUAUAUGUAUUCUUUUUUAAGUCAUAUCCUGCUUUCAGUGGAACUUGUAAAGUAGUUUCGUUUUUGUACCCAAAUAUAUUUUUCAUAACAUCUCCUUGCUCUCUUGGCAACUAUUACAUUCAUCAUUUAAAUUAUCAUGAAUUUAUAGAAUAUUGUCAUUAAAAAAUAUAAAAAAAAAAGAGAGAAAUGAACUUCAAAUAUUCUACGAUCAUUAGUAGUUAAUUUAAAAUGCCCAUAUACAAGGCAUAAAAUUAAAUAUAGAAAUAAAUAAUAUUUAAACUUUGUUGAUAUUCUCACAUUUAUAAAUAUAUAAAUAGCUUGCCAGAAACUACAGCUUGUGCAGUUUCAUUUUGCAGCAUGCAAUUGCAAUUAAUUAUUCAAUCAAAAAUAAUUUAUGUUUAUUCAUUAGUCAGUAGAUGUAUAAUUUUAUAUAAUAUUUUUAAAAUUUGUUAAUAUUUAUUAAUAACUUGAAGUAAUUAUUAACAAUAACAAUAUAUAUAUAUAAAUGCAAUAUAUAAGAUUUUAUAGUUACCGAAAAACAAUUACAAAUUAUGUUAUUAUAUAGAUUACUACUUUCAAUAACAAUAUCAUUCGAUUCUGUAUCUAUGUUUCACUUGGAAUUGUUAUAACAAAACGAUAGAUCGUCAGUUAUCUUUACACUGCCAGAGUAUCAGAAUAAUGAAUAUGGUAUGCAUAUUAUAAUCUUCGGAAAAUGAUGUAUUUUGUAUAUUGAAUUUUCUUGUUUUUCUUAAAUUUUAAUUUCUGUAAAAUUGUAUUUAAAUUACAAUUUAAAAUUUUAAUUAUAUUUUAUAAAGAAGAUUGAACAUAUUCAUAUUGUUGGAAACUGAAAAUGACGGUGCAUUUAAUUACAAAUAUCAUAACAUCUUAUUUUUGUUUUAUUAAAAUUAAUAUUUAUUCAUAUUCUUCCAUUGUUAAAAAUUAAUUUUAUCAUUGUAUAUUUGUACUUAGACAUAGAAUUGAAAUAACAUAUAUUAGUAAUUAAAAAUGCGAUAAAUAUUGUAAAAAAAAAACUUUAUUUUAAUUAAUUUAUUGUUAUUUAGCAAAUUGGAUAUUGUGAAUUUACUACGAUAUUUUAUAUUUAAAAUUGUAUUGUUUGAAUAUACAUUUAUGAAAUAUAUACAUAUAUAAAUAUUCCAUUGUUAAAUAGGGAUAAGUAAUAAAAAUUUUUGCAUGCGCAGAAAAUAAUAAAGUGUGCAUUUCAUAAAUAUUGCGAAAAAAAACAAUUUUUGAUGCACAUAAUUAAUAUUGCGUUAUUUCCAUUAUGGAAUAGUUUUGAAUUGUAAAAAAAAUUCAAUAAAAAAGAGUUGCAGGUAGCGAAAAGUAAUGUCUAGAUUAUAUACUCUUCUAUAUCUUCUUUGAAUAUAUAUUACGAAACAUAUUAAUAUAUGUACAUAUAUGUUAAUAUAUUAUUUAAUAAUAAUUUAAUAUUUAAUAAGUAAUCAAUAAUUUAUUCAUCAACGUAUGAUCACUACUUGUUUUUUUGAAGCUAAAUAACAUUUAGAUUCAAAAUUGUAUCUUACUUAGUUCUAAUUAUUAUUAUAUUGCGUAUUAAAUUUUUUCGAAAUCCUGAAAACAAAUAUAACUUAAGUAAUUUAGACAUCGUCAUUUAAUAAUUGAAAAAAAAAUGACUUUUAAUGAUGCGACUUUUAAUGAAUUUGUGAUGUGAAAAUGCGUAUUCAAUCAUUUUUAAUUUUUUUUUUUAUAAGAAAUCACUUAAAAUUUAUUUUUUUAUUUUAUUUAAUUUAUUCAAAUAAUAUAAUGGAAAAAAUUACUAUGUAUGUAUGAUAUGGAUACUCUGGAUUUAUAUUUCUUUAUUAAAAAACGCAGAAAUUUGUUUUUGUCAUUUAUAUAAAGAUUUAUUUAUAUAUACAUUUAUGUAUCUUUGUAUUUGCUUUCUGAUGAUGAAAAUGAAACUAUACUACGAUAAAAGAAACUCAUAUAUUAUUCAUUUAUUUUGUUUUAUAUUAUAUGUAAAACAAUGAUUGCAGUGUUAAUAUUUAAGCAACAGUACUACGUAAUAGAUUUCUUAGUAUAUAGCAAUUAAUAUGCUUAAAAAAAUACACGCUUGUAAUAAAUGAUAAAUCUAUCAUACCACGCAAAA